AUGGAGGAAUUUGAAGAAAUGUAUCUCUUUGAAAAUUCAUACCGCAAUUUAAUUCGUCGACGUCAUCGUCGGCGACAUCGGCGUGUGUGGGUUAAUGAAAUAUUUAUGUACAGAAAAGAACUAGGUGAAUACCAUCACCUUUUUGAAGAAUUAAAAUUACAACCCAUGAAGUUCUUCGAAUAUUUUAGAAUGUGUUUUAGCACAUUUCAAUAUAUUCUAAAUGCAGUCGAACCACUAAUAACAAAGCAGAGUGCAAACUAUAGGGAAUGUAUAUCACCGACGGAAAGACUCGCUAUAACAUUGCGGUACCUUGCAACUGGACAUUCUUUUCGAUCUUUAGCAUUUUCGUUUAGAGUGUCAAAUAGUGCCGUUGGAAUAAUUGUCAGAGAGACUUGCAAGGCUAUAUUUGAUAGUCUAGUAUCACAUCAUAUGCCUAUGCCAACCGACGAAAUGAUCCACCAAAAUGUUGAAUUAUAUUGGUCGAAGUGGGGAUUUCCUAAUUGUAUUGGUUCGUUGGACGUGUUGAGAUUAUGUCAGAUUCAAAAGAAGAUCGGUUGGCUAAAAAAGAGAUUGUCUGAACGACGUCGGAAAGCUCGCAUUAAGAGUGAUCCAGAGCUUUACGCAGUGCACAAAGAGAAAGAUAGACAACGGUAUUAUAAAAGGAAGAAUGAAGGAAAGAUAAAGUCUGUAAGUGAAUUAGAUCCUCGUCAACAACGAAUUUUUAGAGAGAGAAGUAGAAUAUCUUCCAACAAACACAAUUUGAAAAGAAGGCGUAAAGAGAUGAGGUGUCUUGAAGAGGAUUUAAUAAUCGUAUCAGAAGUAACCGACAAAACUGACGAUCCUUUGGUGACUUCACAAUCACAAACAAUACGAUCAGAAUUGCUUCAAACUGAAGCAAGUUCCUAUGUUGAUUUGCUACCAUCAAGUUCAUCCGUCGUUUCAUUUCCUUUACCUCAGCGUAUUAAGGCUUAUCGAGGCUCGUCAGCACCAUUGAGUCCGUCUAGUGACGUAAGUAAAAUUUCAAAGCCAUGUACAAGAUCAUCAGUUCGUGUGAUUGAAAAGGAGUUUCCUCCAACUCCAAAAGCUAACAAGAAACUGAAUACCAAAGUUAUCAUACGUAGACUUAAAUACCGCAUGAACAAAAUAUAUCAGUUACAGAAAGAGAAGAUUGAUCAAUUGAAGACUGUCAACGAACGACAGCGAAAACAGAUAUAUAGAUUAAAAUACCAAGGUGCUAUAUUAAGAGAAUAUGAACAUAUAAGUAAAAAUAGUACUGAAGAUAUUAAACAAAGUGAAUCAGACACUAUAAAAACAAUUAAAAAUAAUGUGGAGGAGGACAUCAAAACUUUUCUUGAAGAAAAUUAA